GCGCGUACGCAAGCAAAAGAUGGAGGCAAAACGGAAGCAUAGUGAUCCUAAGACAAAACGGUGACUUGAUGAGUGAAAACCAACGGACCGGCCAUGUGCCUGCGUAGAGACUUGACCCUCUCAACGCCCCCCAUGUCACUACUCCGUGUUGUCACUGGGUACUAUUGAGUCUUCUGCAUCACUUUCUUGUCAGGGGUUCGUUGCCCUUUGACUUCUCUUUUAACUUUCUUUAUCGCUCACCACUUGACCUUAUCCCCUUAUCCCAUCACUUUUCCGAUCAUUUUCUGAUCGUUAUCCUUAUCAUCAUGUGACGCACUUCCGAUCGGGCAGAUAACCAAAUACCUUAGCAUUAAGGCUUGAAUCUCAGAGAUGACGCUAAGAGCCGCCCUCCAACCUAAACGCGUUUCGUGGUGCCUGGAGCUCCAAAUAUACCGAAUCUAAAGAGCUUCAUUAAUAAAACUCCCUCAAAUUUCACCACCCUAUCCCAAUUAUUUGUCUUUGAAGCUCUUGAACAUCUUCCAUUAAAAUCUUGAAAUCAUGACUUCGAUAGGUACAGGUUAUGAUCUUUCGAAUUCCGUCUUUUCCCCUGAUGGACGAAACUUUCAAGUAGAAUAUGCAGUAAAGGCAGUUGAAAAUGGUGGAACUUCUGUUGGAAUCAAAUGUAAAGAUGGUGUUGUGCUUGCGGUCGAGAAGGUCAUUACCAGCAAGCUUCUAAAGGCUGGAGCCAACAAACGCAUUGCGACAAUCGAUAGACAUAUGGGUGCUGUAUCUUCAGGAUUAGUACCAGAUGGUAGACAUUUCGUUUCCCGUGCCCGCGAUGAAGCUGCAAGCUGGCGUAACGUUUACAAAACUCCAAUUACAACCGCAGAUCUGGCUAGUCGAAUGGGUGGAUAUCUUCAAGCAUACACCCUCUAUUCAUCCGUACGACCAUUCGGUAUAACUGCAAUCGUUGCAGGUUAUGAUUCCGAGCAAGAAUUACCGGUUGAUGGACAAGUAGGAAGUGGACCAGUCGUUGGUUCUGGAGGAAAGGUUGAAGGCAAGAAAUAUGGCGGACCAGGUCUUUACAUGAUUGAACCAAGUGGAUUAUACUGGGGUUACUAUGGAGCUGCUACCGGUAAAGGACGUCAAGUCGCCAAGGCCGAAUUAGAGAAGUUGGAUCUUGCAGCUGGCAAUUUGAGUUUAUUAGAUGGUGUCAAGGAAGCUGCACGAAUUAUCUAUGUUGCGCAUGAUGACAAUAAGGACAAGGAAUUCGAGCUGGAGAUGACUUGGAUUAGUAACCUCGAUGGACCAACAAAGGGAAGACAUCAGGAAGUACCCAAGGAUAUUCUUGAGGAAGCAGAGAAAUUGGCGAAGAAGGCUUUGGAGGGCGAUGAUGAUGAGGAAGAAGAGAAACCGGCUGAGACGGCGACUGAAGGAGACAAGAUGGAGGAAUAGUCGAAGAAAUAUGUGUGCGAACCCCUCUGUAUCAACACCUGCCUUCAAAUUUUACAUGGCUCAAAAGGUAUUGAGCUUGGUCACAGCAUAUGAUACUCUAAUGAUGCAUUUUACGCCCUUGAUCUGAGUUUUGUUAAUUAUUUUGACUAUCGAUUUGGUGAAUACAUUGGACUGUGCCAUCUUAUGACUUAGCCGAGUAACCCGCGUUACCUGCUUCAAAUUAGACAUAGCUCCAUGAUUACAGUCUUCGGUCACAAUAAUGAGUGUACA